GAUGGUGGCCACCCUCUGCCACCAAGGAUCCCAUCUGAUUUGUCGGUGCACCCAACGCGCCAUGCUGCACACAUUAGCGGACCACGGGAUGGAAGUGAAUGCCCGCGAGUCGUCCCCUCGCAUCAUGUCCCUGAGCAUGUGCAAGAGAAAUUUUGAGCUUGUGGUUGUGUAUCUUGAUGACAUUCUGAUUUUCAGCAAGUCCAUGGAGGAGCACGUCAAGCAUCUUGAGGAGGUCUUGCAAGUCCUCAAAGAUGUUCAACUGCACCUCAACUUGGAGAAAUCUGAGUUUGGCAGGGACAGCGUCAUGUAUCUUGGGCACCGGUUGUCUGCGAGCGGCCUUGAGCCGGAGGCAACCAAGGUUGAGGUCAUCCGCAACUGGCCUCAACCGGCAAAUUAUUUGACUUGCCUAGUGGAUUCGUACGACCUCCACAGGAAACUGAAGGAGGAUCUGAUCGAACACACCGCCAAGGAUCCGGACCUUAGUCCCAUCCUUGAGCAACUCAAGACUGCCCCCAACAGCCAGCCUGAUUUUCAUGAAUGCGAUGGUCUUGUAUUCCGCCGGUGCGGGAAAUUUGAUCGCUUGUGUGUUCCUAACCAUGCGCCUCUCCGGACUCAUUUCUUGGAUUUGGCACAUGGUCGGAGUGGGCAUUUCGGCUUUGAGAAGACUUAUGGAAGUCUUCUCCAGCAGUUUUAUUGGCCGGGAAUGAAGGGAUCUGCUCAGAAAUUUAUUGCUGAGUGUCAAGUUUGUCAGAGAACCAAGGUCCACAGGCAUAAGCCUUAUGGCCUGCUGAGACCUCUCCCAAUCCCUGAUGGCCCCGGGGAAUCGGUCUCUAUCGAUUUCACGGACAUGGGGAAGGUGAGUACGGCAGGGAAUUCACAAGUCAUGGUCAUUGUGGAUCGCUUCUCUAAAUUUCUGAAUCUGAUUCCUCUACCUCCUCAUGCACCGACUGAAGUGGUGAUCGAAGAGUUUCACCAGCAGUACAUUCUGCAGUAUGGGCCCUCGAAAACUCUUGUGAGUGAUCGGGACACUAGAUUUAUCAGCAAGGAUUGGAAGGACUUCACUGCCCAGAUCUAUGACAUCAAACUGAACAUGACUUCUGGUCGACACCCCGAAGCCAAUGGAUUGGCUGAGGAAAUCAACCAGACCGGCACCCAGCUGCUGCGCGCAUUGAUUGUGCCAGAUCAGAACACAUGGGAUAAGGACUUGCAUAAAGUAAAGGGGCUGUACAACAACUCCAUCCAUUCUGCAACCGGUGUGACACCAAACCAGUUGCAGUAUGGAUGGCCAAUGCGCAAUCCCCUCUCCUACCUGUUCCCAGAACGGUCACCUGGUCUGAUGCCCGGCAUGCCUGGCUACAAUGCCAAGUACGCACGCUUGCUCAAAGCUGAGGAUAUCCAUUCCCUCGACUACGAGGUCAAGCGAGUCAGCAGCCGCUUACAGCAGCUAGAGCAACGACCCGUCGCCGCCCCCGUUGCCAGCUCCUCCAACACUUCUGAUCGUCUCGACGCAUUGGAAGUUGACGUUGGGGCACUCAAGAACGGCUCACAGCUACAGCAAACUGCAACUCAACAACUUGAGCAGCGGAUCUGCGCAGCCACUGCUAACUCGAGCACGUCACCACGUGGAACGACUCCGAAGUUCGAUGGUCACGAGAUCUUCUACGACUCUACAAAGACGGACCCAAUUCCGUGGUUCCGCAAGUUCGAGCUCAUGUUACAGCUCCACCACACCAACGAGGAGAAGAAACACGCAUAUUUGUAUUCUCGAUCGGGGGGCACGUGCCAAGCACGGUUGGACAAUCUCUUGUCCAAGUACGGGGUGGUAGCUUUCACCGUGCUGACUGUGGUCGUCGUCGUGUGCAGGUACUGCGUGGAGCCCGGCUAUUGCGCCAGUCCUUUUCAUCACAUUGCGGAUCCUUGGAUCCGUACGCAUUGUCCCAUUGGGCAUGCGUCAUGUAUCUUCUUCGUCCAAGAGCAGCGACUUAUCGUCUUCAAGUGGUUCUUCAUGGGAUCCGGCGCGCGAGUUCAACAUAGAGGUAUUGGACUCGCUCAAGUUCGAGGAUUUUGCAUGGCUUCCUUUCCUACCACGGGCCGCUUGCUGGGACCGCAAUGCGCAGCACUAUGCGCUCAUCUUCACACGUACCUAUCCUUCUAUGCACCACCAACUUCGCUGAAGGAUGGCGGAGCAGAGGUGGGGGACAUCGUUGCGUAUGUUACCAAGGUGGCUCACAAGUUUCGCACGCAGAGGUACGAUUACAACAAUGCACUGCUCCUUUAUGUCAGCAUCCAAGUUGGGCAAGCGUGCUGCAGCGCUUUGCUGGAUAGCAGCGGAACUCGCAAUUUCAUGAGCCAAGCCUUUAUGCAAAGGGCUGGCCUUGGCAAGCAAGUUCGGAGGAAGGCAAACUCUACGGCGGUGAAGUUGGCGGAUGGAAGGAAGCAACAACUUAUCGACGAUGCAUCGAGGCCGUACCGGUAUCAUACGGUCAACUUCCAUCGAUGGACUCUUACCAUUCGUGACGCCUUCGGCACCAAAGUACCGUGUACUAUUCCUCUUCCGCACCCUUCGGUCCAGUGUCAAGUUGUGACGGCCAAGUCGUUCCGAGCUACUUGUGUUUACAAGCAACCCGACGAGAUAGGCCUAUGUUUCCUACGGACCGUCACUGUAGCCGACUCUUCACCCAUGGACUUGUCUUCGAACUCCCGUGUGGUGUGGUUGCUCGACGAGUUCGCCGACAUCUUCGAAUCACCUAUCGGGGUGGUGCCGAAUCGGCCGAUCUCUCACAAGAUCAUUCUUGAGCUACAGGCUGAAGAAGCGGCAACAGCAGAGAAGCUGCGGCUACAGGCCGAAGCAGACGCAGAUGCCCAGGCUCGCUGCAAGGAAGCCCAGGCUCUGCUGCAGCGGCAUGGAGCCAACAACAUCGAGAAACUCAAGUACUGGCACUUUGAACCGAACGGCGACGAGGCAACACCGGAAGAGCAGCAUAAGGAGUUCAUGGCCAAGCUCCUGAGCAGGUUGGUUUACACAUGUAACCACCUACAGUUCGAGUUGGCAAACCUCCAGCGGGCCGUGCGGAAUCAUAAGACUCAGCACGAGGAUGCUACACGGGCACUGGACGCCCGUGUACUGGGCCUGGAACAAGCUGUACCAGGACCAGAUGCUGGGGCUUCCAGCAGUGCAUCCUCUAGCCGCCAACUGGAGGAACGCGUUGACCAUGUAGUGGAGAUGCUCGGCGACAUCAGCACCUUCGCUGCGCCGACCACCAUCAGCAGUCAGCUGCAUACCUUGAAGACCAAGGUCCAGCAGUUGCAGUCGACGAACGCGGAUGACAAUCCGAAGAUGUACAAGAUGCCAACUUUCCAACUGGACAAGUUCGACGACUACACACAGCAGGAUCCGGUCCUCUGGUGGGAAACAUUCACAACGCAACUCAGGAUUCUGCCUGUACCCAAACAUGCGUACAUCGGCGCCCUGUUCUUGAACUCAAAGGGCGGAUGCAAGACCUGGUUGAGCCACCUGGCAACCUCCCACGGCGUCGACGUACCGGACUUGAAGGACAAGAUCACAUGGGAGGAACUGACACGACUGUGGAAGAAGCGGUUCAUCGUCGACGACGCGCCGACACUCACCAUCAACCGUUUGUUCACCAUGUCACAGGGCAACACUGCAACACGGGACUGGCUCACGGAGUGGCAGAAGAUUGCGGCAGUGCCCAAUCUUGAAUUGGCAUUCACGCAUCUACGCCGUGAGUUCUACAACAGGUCCUGUGCGGCAUUGAGCCAGGCUCUUGGUGAUCGCGAGCAGUACUCAACCUUUGCUGAGAUCAUUGACAAAGCAAGGGAGAUCAUCAAGACCAACAGGUCAGGUGCACACGAGAAAUCAACAUGGCAACCGACCUAUGUGGAGAAGGUACGAACUGGUCCGCGACAGCAGCACUUCGCUGCAGUCCAGUCGGACAAUGGAGAUAACCCAACAUCAAGUGACGGAGAUCAGGUGGCUAUUGUCCAGCCGCGAAGCAACAACAAGUCCCGCAACAAUGGGAAGGCGAAAUCCGCAUCGCACGCCGGAAAUGGACAGCCAAUGCAAGUUCCAUGGGUCAAGUUCGGCUUGACCGAGGCGGAGUACAAGGUCUGCGGCCGCUACGGCAGCUGCUAUUGUACCAGCUCUGUUGAUGGACGCCGGAGCAGCGCUUACAUCGCGAAGAUCGACCGCGAGUUCAAGACGCAACGGUACGACGACAUCGACGCACCAUUGCUAUACGUACGCAUUCAGAUUGGAGAGGCGACUUGCAAUGCCUUGAUCGAUUGCGGAGCAUCUCGCAACUACAUCAGCCAUGACUUCAUGGUGUGCGCCGGCCUUGGCCCACGCGUACGAAGGAAGCCCCAGCCUACGCAAGUCACAUUGGCGGACGGUCACACGCACAAGUCAAUCGACCGGUGCAUUGACGACGUCCCAGUGUACUUUGCCCCUCACACAAGUGAGGCGGUGUCCUUUGACAUUCUGGACACCAUUUUCGACAUGAUCUUGCGCAUGUCAUGGCUGCGAAGCAAGGAUCACCCGGUGAACAUCUUCAACCGCACCGUUCACGUUCGUGAUCGGAACAGAGUAUUAGUUCCAUGCACGGUGCCUCUUCCUCAUCCUUCGAUCAGCUGCCAUGUGGUAUCCGCCGCAAGCAUGCGAGCUUCCAUCAUCAGAGACGACAUCGUGGAGAUGGGGGUGUGUUUUCUCCACGCCCUCCCGCCCCUAGACGCUUCAUCGACGGACUCGUCUUCGGAUCCACGCAUCACCGAACUUCUCGACGCCUACAGCGACGUGUUCGAAGGCCCGCACGGAGUAACGAUCAGGAACRCCGACCCUCUCCCACGCAUCGAUGACCUUCUCGAGCGAUUGGGCGGCGCCCAAUUCUUCUCUAAGCUGGAUCUCAAGUCAGGGUACCACCAACUCGAGAUUCGCAAGGAGGAUCGCUACAAGACCGCGUUCAAGACACAGUAUGGGCAUUUCGAAUGGCUGGUUAUGUCGUUUUGCCUUACGAAUGCCCCAGCCACUUUCCAAGCGGCUAUGACAACGGAGUUCCGACACAUGCUGGAUCGUUUCGUACUCAUCUACCUCGACGACAUUCUGGUGUGCAGCCGGAGUUUGGAGGAGCAUGUGGAACACCUGCGCACCAUUUUCGAGCGGCUACGACAGGCAAAGUACAAAGCAAACCGCGACAAGUGCGAGUUCGCACAGCAGGAGCUGGAGUACUUGGGCCACUAUGUGACGCUGAAAGGCAUUCGUCCGCUCACGGACAAGAUCAAGGCCCUACGAGUGUGGCCCGAGCCCACCAACACCACGGACAUUCGUUCAUUCAUUGGGUUGGCGGGCUACUAUCAGCGAUUCAUCACCGGAUAUUUUAGGAUUGCUGCACCUAUGACGAGGUUACAGUCGCCAAAGGUGCCAUUCGUAUUCGAUGGCGACGCACGCCGGUCAUUCCAAGCACUUAAGACGACAAUGUUCAUGGCACUCGUCCUUAGCAUCUAUGACCCCACCUUGCCGACGAGGGUGACUACGGACGCUUCCGGCUUUGGCAUUGGGGCAGUCUUGGAACAGCACGACGGCGACGACUGGCACCCUGUGGAGUACUUCAGCCACAAAGUGCCUCCCAUCAACUCGCUUGAUGAUGCAAGGAAGAAGGAGCUACUCGCGUUUGUCAUGGCUCUCAAGCGAUGGCGACACUUCCUCCUUGGGCGUCGUAGGUUCACAUGGGUGACAGACAACAGUCCAUUGACCUACUACAAGACGCAGGAUACGAUGAGCAGCACGAACGGACGAUGGAUGUACUUCAUUGACCAGUUUGACUUCACACCGAAACAUCUUCCCGACCUCUCCAAUCGCGCAGCAUAUGCACUCUCGCGAAGACCAGAUUUUUGCGCUAUGACACAUCAUGCCUUCGCAUUCGACAAGGAGCUUCACCGACACUUCAUUCGGGCAUAUGAGUCUGAUCCGGACUUCGCCACGCUGUACGCACAACUAUUUUCGGAUCACCUGCCGGCCAGCAACUAUCGCAUUGCCGACGGAUACUUGCUCCUCCACUCGAGAGGCAAGGACUUAUUGUGUGUCCCACGCGACCGUCGUCUUCGGACUUGCCUUCUCGGGGAGUACCACGACUCGCGACUCGCCGGCCAUUUCGGAGUCAACCGCACUAUUGCACGGCUUCGACAACGAUUCCGAUGGCCCGAUCUCAUUACCGAUGUCACUCGGUAUUGCGACUCUUGCGAAGUUUGCCGACGCAGCAAGCCCCGAAUCCGCAAUCCCUACGGCGAGUUACACCCGAUGCCUAUCCCACGGGAACCCGGUCUCUCCAUUGCCAUGGACGUCACCGGUCCGUUUCCUCGCGACCAGCUCGGGCACGACGGCAUCCUCAAGGUUGUGGACCGAUUGAGUAAGUACGCGCGUUUUCCCCCUUGCAAGUACUACUCCACGGCUCCCGAGCUGGCACGCCUCCUGCACACUGGUUGGAUUUGUGGCCACGGUGUACCAGAAGACAUUGUCAGCGACCGCGACACUCGUUUCAUGUCUGCGUUUUGGACUGCUCUCAUGCAGGAGUCCGGCACAACAAUCAAACCAAGUUCGGCUCGGCAUCCUCAGAUAGACGGGCAGACGGAGCGGGCACAUCGAACCGCUCAAAUGAUGCUUCGUACGCUCAUCUGUGCGGACCAGAAAGAUUGGGUUGACCGCCUCCCCGACAUCGAGUUUGCCUACAACACUUCGGUGCAUCCAACGAUUGGCGUGACUCCAUUCGAGUUGCACCACGGUGGACGGAAAGGCCGGAUCUUCGCCGACCUUCUCCUCCCUCUGCCUGCUCUCCCGCUUCCGUCCGGAAGGGUUUUCUUCCGUCUGGUUGGUAGCAUCACUGGGCAGCCAUUACUGGGAGCAAAGGUUGUGGCAAGCUUGUUGAUGUUUGCAACCGUCUCCGGCAUUCUCAUGGCUCUAUUUCUGAACACUGCGGGAGGGGCAUGGGAUAACGCCAAGAAAUAUAUUGAAAGUGGUGCACUUGGUGGAAAGGGGAGUGAGACACACAAAGCAGCAGUCACUGGAGACACAGUGGGAGACCCAUUCAAAGACACAGCGGGCCCGUCCCUUCAUGUUCUGAUUAAGAUGCUGGCGACCAUCACGCUCGUCAUGGCUCCAUUAUUCCUGGACGGCUAAUCGGUCAGGCAGGAAGAGAAAUACCAUGAAUGUCAUUUUUUUCCUGAUUUCGCUGCUGUCAUUUCUCUGAAGGGUCGGCGGGGGGAUCCCUUUGCCGGGGAUUUGCCCGCAAUUUCUCAUCAGGGAUCUUUUUUGCAGUGCUUUCCUACUAUGGACUUUGUGUUGAGAAAACGUGUCUUUCCUACUUCCGAGCCUGCAAGCAAGAAUGAAGGAUUUCCCUUGUUACCUGUUUGGGCCAUCAUCAAAGCAGGUAAAGAGUGAGUUUCCUAAGGGGGCAUGAGUGCAAGAGCUGAAAGUCGCAGAUGUUGGCAACAAUGGAUGGGAGCAAUGGAUGAUGGAUGGAGACGGCAUGUGAAAAUGGUAGAGGCGAGUUUUUGCCAAAAGGGGAAAGCAACCAAUGCUCCAGCGAGGCUCUUGGUUGUAGAAUUUUUGCCAAAAAGGGAAGCAACCAGUUCUCCAGCAUCCUGUUGUGGAAGUUCUGGCUGUUGGUCAGAAGCUCGCUGCAUGAGUUUUCUGGAUAUGGGGCAGAGAAAAUACCCGCUCAGGACAUACUCACAUUGGCACAAUCUUAAAUGUAUCCGACCGUAAUUAUGUCGCUAGUUGGAUGUAUCUGACCGCAAUUACGUCGAGAAAUAAGUAAAAAGAAUCGUAUUGUGAGUAUGCCCUCAGUUUCCCAAAUUCUUCAGAUUUGUUGUGUCAGAAAGACUAGGGCAGGGGGAUGCAACUGCAUCUUCCUCUCCGAGUUUGAUAGAUUGACGUGUGGAUGUGUGAGUCCACCUUGUCUAUCGACAGUGUGGUGGGAUGACAGUUUGUGUAAAAAUAGUGAGUAUUAGUGUGUGCACGUGCACACACACACACACACACACACACACACACACACACACACACACACACACACACUCACACACACACAGACACACACACACACACACAGAGAGAGAGAGAGAGAGAGAGAGAGAGAGGAUAGUGUCCAUGAGUGAGGGGGGUGUAUUCUCAAAGUGGUCAUGAGACACUGGUUGGCGGAGCUGGAAGCAGGAGGCGAUCAUCGAGAUCAAGAGAACAGCCAGCUGUUAGAGUGCUUGUUAUCAAGGGAUUGAGGGAAGUGCAUCACCUCAAGAAAAGGUUGCAAGGAGAUGGGUGAGAAAGAGGGAGGGCGAGGGUGCUGCUUUGUUGUUCAGAGGCUCCUAUCCUUUUGUGCGAGCUUGGCAAGGAGUCAUGGCUGGGUGUAACUCCUACAGUGUAGAAUCCUCCGAAGUAAUUCUUGGGAACUUGUCGUCCUUGGGGGUCAUGGUAUUAUCCGCAUGCUGGAGCCUGCAAUGCGUGACAUGGACAUGAUGGAUUGUCCCAUGCGCCCCAUGUGGGAAUGCCUUUUGUGGGAGGCGGGAGCGGCAUUGCUCGUCCUUCCAUGCAUGCGGUGUGACACGUGUAUUUGUCAGAGCAUAACCCUGAUACCAUUUCCCCCAUCCCCAUUGUUUUUUUCUUUUCCCAUCCCUAUCUAUCACCUCCCAGAAAGGUGUUUUGUGGGCCUAUCGCCGAAGGUGUUCCGUUUGGCCAUCCAUCGGCAAGGCUUCGUGUGCAAGUUUUGGUGCACAUACCAUUUUUCAUGGCAUCUAGGUCAAAGGAAGCCUGGCCAGCCACUCCUCUGCGACUGAGACCCCCCCCCCCGCCCGCCCCCCGACUGACUCAUUGCCUGUAUUGACGAGUCUCUCCAAAAUUCGUGGGGCAGCUGGUCCCUGUGUGGCCAUCCUCCAUGUUUCGGAAGCAAUGCCCCAACCCUCUCUUGUAUGUUUUCACUAAUGUGUCCCUCCUGUCGGCCUAUUCUUUUUGUUUUGUCUCUGAGUUGCCAGCUCUACAAAGCGACGGUGAGGCCCUAGACUCUGAGGGAUAUACCUGUAGCUUUAGAGUUCUGCCACCCUUGCAGCGGUGGUGGGAAAAGUCCCCAUGAGUUCCAUGAGUGUUUUUUUUUAAGACACUAAAAGGUGGUUCUAUGCUGGCUGCUUCCAGAGUCCAGCGGUAUGUUUGCCUGCAGGUUUCAGCGCCAUAGGGGACGAAAUGGAAGAUUACUCCUGUAUUUCAACUCCUUAUGCGGCCAAAGUCUAGGCGCAAAGGCAUUGAAGUAGUGUUCAUGAUGAAUUGCAUGAAGAGAGGAGUUGCUGCACGUGUUCACUUUGGCCUGCAGGUCUC